GCCUUUUGAGGACCGCUGAAAGGGGCUGUCCUUGUGUACAAGUCUAUGCUCCCAUUCAUGCAGUGUACAGCAGUCCCCGCCGACACACAAGCCGUGUCUCAUCCUCGUCAAAACAGAAAGCUCGGCUCUCUCAGACUGACAGAAGGUGACCCUGCACAGAAGUAGCCACCAUGGCAGAAGCUCACCAGGCGGUGGCCUUUCAGUUCACCGUCACUCCAGAUGGCAUCGACCUCCAGCUGUGCCACGAGGCGCUGCGUCAGAUCUACCUCUCUGGCCUUCACUCCUGGAAGAAAAGGUUCAUCCGCUUCAAGAAUGGGGUAAUGACUGGCGUGUACCCUGGCAGUCCUGGUGGGUUCAUGGUGGUGGUGGUCUCCUACAUGUCCUACAAUAAAUACCAACAGCUGGAUCCCUCUCUGGGGUUGAUUGCCAAGCUCGGCCAACACAUGCCUAUCAGCCGAUAUAUAUCCACAGACAAUCAGAAAAUAGUGGGAGGAGUCUUGGUGGGCACAGGCCUGUGGGUCACCAUAAUCAUGAUCAUGAGGAAUGUCCUGAAGAGCCUGCUGUCAUGGCAUGGCUGGAUGCGGGCACGGCAUGGCUCUGUGUCCUGGUCCACUCGGAUUUGGAUGUUAUUAGUCAAGGUCUUUUCUGGCAGGAAGCCAAUGCUCUACAGUUUCCAGAACUCCCUGCCACGCCUACCUGUUCCCUCAAUCAAAGACACCUGCAGAAGGUACCUGGAGUCAGUGCGCCCACUGAUGGAAGAUGAGAAGUAUGAGCGGAUGAAGGGCUUGGCUGAAGACUUUGAGAAGAAUCUGGGACCCAGACUGCAGUGGUACCUCAAACUCAAGUCCUGGUGGGCCUCCAACUAUGUCAGUGACUGGUGGGAGGAGUAUAUUUACCUUAGAGGUCGUGGGCCCAUCAUGGUCAACAGCAACUACUAUGCCAUGGACUUCCUGUACGUGUUCCCCACCUCCAUCCAGGCCGCAAGGGCAGGUAAUGCCAUCCAUGCUAUCAUGCUCUACAGGAGAAAACUGGACAGAGCCCAGAUCAAACCAAUUUACUUGUUGGCAAACAAGGUUCCACUGUGCUCGGCUCAAUGGGAGCGGAUGUUUAACACCACCCGCGUCCCUGGUUUGGAGACAGACACACUGCAGCACAUGAACGAGAGCAAACACAUCGCUGUGUACCAUAAGGGGCGAUACUUCAAGGUGUGGAUGUUUUAUGACGGGCGGCUGCUGUUGCCCCGAGAGAUAGAGCAGCAGAUGGAGAGGAUCUUGGCCGACCAAUCGGAGCCCUCGCCAGGAGAGGAGAAACUAGCCGCUCUGACUGCAGGGGAAAGGACCCCAUGGGCAAACGCUCGUGAGACAUACUUUGUCCGCGGCAAGAACAAGCAGUCUCUGGACAUCAUCGAGAAGGCAGCUUUCUGUGUGACCCUAGAUGACACCGAGCAGCGCUUUGAGGAGGCCAACCCAGUCAAGUCUCUGGACAGUUACGCCAAGUCUCUGCUCCACGGAAAGUGCCACGACAGGUGGUUCGAUAAAUCUUUUAACCUGAUAGUAUUUAAGAAUGGUACCAUGGGAUUGAACGCUGAGCACUCCUGGGCUGAUGCUCCCAUCAUUGGCCAUCUGUGGGAGCAUGUACUGUCCAUGGACCCUGUUAGGCUGGGAUACGGUGAGGAAGGUCACUGCUGUGGGGAGCCCCACCCCAACCUGCCAGGUCCUCAGAGGCUGCAGUGGGAUAUUCCUGCUGAGUGCCAGGAUGCCAUCGAGAGCUCUCUGACAGUCGCCAGGACUCUGGCUGAUGAUGUGGACUCUCACAUUUUCCCCUUCAAUGACUUUGGGAAGGGUCUGAUUAAAAAGUGCCGCACCAGUCCCGAUGCCUUCAUCCAGAUCGCCCUCCAGCUGGCCCAUUACAGGGACAAAGGGAAGUUCUGCCUGACAUACGAAGCCUCCAUGACACGCUUGUUCCGCGAGGGCCGAACAGAAACGGUGCGCUCCUGCACCAUGGAGACUUGUGCCUUUGUUCGCGCCAUGAUCAGAGAGGGGACAAGAGAAGAGUGUCUGAAGUUGCUCAAACAGGCAGCUGAUAAGCACCAGAACAUGUACCGUCUGGCAAUGACAGGAGAGGGUAUCGAUCGCCACCUUUUCUGCCUCUAUGUGGUGUCCAAAUACCUGGGAGAAGACUCGGCUUUCCUCAAGGAGGUCCUGUCUGAUCCGUGGAGGCUGUCCACCAGUCAGACCCCUCUGCAGCAGCUUGAGCUUUUUGAUCUGGUCAAACAUCCUGAGUAUGUGUCCUCUGGAGGUGGAUUUGGUCCUGUUGCUGAUGAUGGUUACGGUGUCUCCUACAUCAUUGUUGGAGAGAACCUCAUCAACUUCCACAUCUCCAGCAAACAUUCAAGCCCAGAAACCGACUCCCAUCGUUUUGGCGGCAACAUCAGACAGGCCAUGCUGGACAUGCUGGACCUCUUCCAGCUCGACAAGAAAACCAACUAAGUGUCUAAUAAACACUACAAGUUGUUUUCAGAAAAACAUGUAUUCUUCCUGAAGUUUGUACAGAAUCAAAUGUUGGAUUUGGAAUUAUUUUCUAAGUUAAUUGACGUUCCUGACGGGGGAAUUGAGAGGUUCACAGGAACCGUUUCUGUCCAUAUGUGUGAGAGGAGUUUGUAUGUAUUGGAUGCAUCGGCAAAGGUGAGAUUCAGGUGGUGUUUCGGUACAGGUAGUGCACAGAUCAAAGUUUUUAUUUCCAAGACUGUACGCACCAGUGCCUUAGUGACCACUAAUGUAAAAAGGGCAGAAAGGGAGAAAUAAAAGUAGAGCUGCUGUAGUCUGAGAUCAAGUCUGUGUUACCACAGAGAAUGACAUUUCAGCUGAAGGAUUGUAAAGUAGCGUCAUCUUACAUUUGAAUCACAUUUUUAGUUGAGAGAUGGUGCAAUAUUUGUACUUAUUAUUGAACACUUAGUUUUGUCCCAAUGUUGAAAAUCAUUUGAAUAUUUAGUUUGAAUUUUUCUCUGGUAUUCUCAAUGGCAGCACCUGAGUCAUGUGUAACUGGCCAAAAGGAGCAGAUGUAAUGUUAAGUUUCAUAAACAUGGGUUAGUUGAAGUGGUCUGAGAUGUACAUCUGAACAGUAUCCAGUAAUCCUUUACCUACAGUUGUCAGCAGAAGUAAACAGUGUACCUUUAAUAAACAUAAACUUUGUCUGUCUGGAUUCCAGCACAGAUGACAGUGAGCUGUUGUUACCAUCUAAUCAAUAGACAUUCAUUUAUUCUUUUUACUAAAGUUUGCAGCCAUGUUCGGUUUUUUUUUUAGCUGCAAUGAUUUCAUGAGGUGGUGACAGGUGGUGCAGAUUAUGUUUGUGUGUGUGUGUGUGUAUGUUUGUUGUUUUCAUACUCAGGUUUCACUCACUCACUAGUAUUCUGGGAGUUCUGGCUUCAGCAUUUCAAGGUUUUAUGCUUAUGAUGUAGUAAAAUAUGACCACAACCAACAAGGUAGCAGGAUGUAUAACAAUAAGUUCGCUGCGGAAGUGAGGGAUCGGUAAGGUAUGGUGUGUGUCUGGGGGGGAAUCUCACUUGUACAGAGUGUUUGACUGAAUGUGCAAGACCGACGGUGAUUUUUUUUGUUCCGCUUCUUGUGAUAGAAAAAGGAGAGUUGACUGUAUUUUAACUCUGUCUUACACUCCAUAGCUGGCUCUUCAGUUCAAGCUAAUCAAUACCUAACAAUCUUGGUAAUUGUAAAUCUGUCAGUAUAAUGGUGUUGCAGCUGUAAAGAUGAGAAGCAUAAUUGCCUGAUAGCUUGUAAUGUCUCUCCAGUACAGUAGGAUAUCAUUGUUUCUCUUGGGGGUUAUGCUUAGGACGUGCAGAUAUAGAGGGGCUUUCAUGUAUAGGACUGCAUUUCUGUUAUGUAUAUGGGGUCAGGUCAUCAUAUUAUUUAUUUUUCUCUGCCUUGUUUUAACAGCAACACAGAAUACUAAGCACUAAGUUAAAGUUUUUGCUGAUUGAAUUAGAGAAACAGGCAAAGUGCUUUCUCUUAUUUUCAACAUGACAGUUCUAUUUAUCACAGACCUUGCCAGUAUGUUGUAGUUGUAUGACUUUUUAUCUCAGUAGACCUCAUGUUUACGAUGCUGCAUGGUUUUCGAUGAUUAAGCUGUAUAUGUUUGCCUUUAAUUUAAAGUUGUGUAAAAAGACAAACAGCUGAUAUACCAAAACAUGUUUUAACAAUAAAGUGAAUGUCUGACAGCUGUA